AUGUGUGGCAGCUACUACGGAAACUAUUAUGGAGGCUGCGGCUGUGGAGGCUGCAGUUAUAGAGGCUAUGGCUAUGGAGGCUGUGGCUAUGGAGGCCUGGGCUGCGGCUGUGGCUAUGGCUCCAGCUAUGGCUGUGGUUUCCGCAGACUGGGCUGUGGCUAUGGCUGUGGCUAUGGGUAUGGCUCCCGCUCUCUCUGUGGCUGUGGCUACGGGUGCGGCUCUGGCUUUGGCUAUUACUAUUGA